AUCUUUUGAAAAAAAAAUUGGCAAAAGCUUUGGAUGUCAAUCUUGGACCAUCGAUCGAAAUUGAAAAUUCUAGUCUUCAAAACGUGGAACAAAUGAACGAACCGGACAAAUGUCAAACAAUUUGUUUCAAUGAAAAGAUUGAUUAUAGUAGAUAUUUAUUUCAAAAAAAUCAAUCCGAACGAAUCGGUCAAUGUUUGCUCGAUAUUCUACAAUCACCGUCAAAAAACAGCAUUAAUUUGAAAGAACUUUAUCAAAAUUGUUGCGACCCAUUUGGUAUUGUUCACUUUAUAUCCGAUGAAUUUGACCAAAAUGAAACGAAUAUGGAAGACCUAUACAAAUGUUUAUGUAAAUUCAAUCAAUUGAUUGAAAUAUUCAGCGAACAAGCUCGUAUUGAUCAAAUUUUUAUCACCACUAGCAACAAUAAUGAUAUGUUCAUCAAUGAUGCAGGAAUUUUGGCAGAAUAUAUAAAUUUAUUCCUAAACGAAAUGAUCAAAGUCAAUCAUUUGAAGAAAAAUUUAUCGAACAAUUUUUUGGCCAUUCCAUUCAUCUAUAUAUUAUUUGUGCAGAAAAUUGCCAUACAUAAUUUGAAAAAUUCAACACCAAUCGAUCUGUUAACCAUUGAACUGAUCGAUUCGAUUCCAUAUCAUUUUGGUAUUCUAUUACAAAAUUCAAUUGGUGAAUCAAAAUCACAACAGCUACAAAGCCAAUUGUUAGCCAUAUUGAUUAUGGGAAUGAAAGAAGUUUUCGAUGUAUUGGAUCAUGAUCUUGAAAAAUUUGCACAGCUUUUAGAAACAAUUCUAAUAUGUCAAUUGAAAUGUAUGGAUUUAUUGAAUGAAUUUUGGUGGCCACAACAGAAUCAAUAUAAUCUUGAACAACAUGAAAUGGAGAAAUAUGAAGAUAAUAAAAUGAACGAAUUAUUACUAUGUCAAUUGUAUAGUUUGCUUUCAAUGAAAACUAUAUUUCGAAUACAUUUGAAAUAUCCUGAAUUAAUCACAGCAAGAACAACAACAUUGAUUAAACAAACAAAAAUUAUCAAUUAUGAUUUUUUGUUUAAAAUUGGCCAUCAUUUUCGCAAGUUAUUUUCACAAAUUUUUCAUCAAAUUUCAUCAUCAUCAAAUUCAGCUAAUUUAUUUGGAAAUUUUUCCAUUACAUAUUUCGUUGGCAUAAUGCUGACAAUAUCGAUAAAUGUAUUGAAAAACAUUUCGAUAAUGAAUCAUCAUUGA